AUGCAAAACACUUAUUCAAGUUAUUAUAAUGAAUAUCUACGUUCAUUUAUUGAAAGUGUUACUCAGCGCAAUAUUUACGCGGAAAACCUGAAAUUGACAUCGGAACACUUGAAUUCGAACUCUUUACUGAAUAAUUUGGCAUUAUGGAAUUUGUUUUUUGACGGAUGUUCUACUAAUUCACUUGGACAAAAAGAUCCUACACAACAAUAUCAAGUCAAUAAUGAUUAUUUCCGUAAUGAUGAUAAAUUGAUAUCUACACAAGACAUGGUAGCAGUUAAUUCAUCAAUGAAACCUAUUGACUUAUCAGUACUGUCAACAAAUGGGAAUUCAAGAGAGACUAUGCAACAGUGUGGAACCAUUAAUACCUUGUCUGUCGACCAGCCACCGACAAAAAUAAAUGAAUCGUUAAUUGCAAAUCCUUAUUUAAAUAAUUACUAUAAUCCAAAGGAUAUUUCAUCUAUAUUGAAUACACUGAAAAACUUAUUGAGCAUAAAUAAUCCUUAUAUGGAAUUAAUGCACCAGUCGUCUGUGAUAAGUAAUUUAAACACGUUACAAUCCAAAUUUUCUGUGGAUCCCACUUUGUUUUCUACCAAAGGUAAUAUAAGCGAUAAUGACAAUCAUGAUUCGGUAGUUAAUGUUUCUCAAGAUGAACAACUAAACGCAUCAUCACCUUGGGUUAAAAAACCUAAAUUUUCAAUCUUGGAAUUAAUUAAUACAUCAAAAAAUGUAGUCGAAAAUUCUACACCUGAUCAUAGCACCAAAGUUUCUGGUACUAAAAAAUCAGGAAAUAACACAAGAAAUAAGCGUUUCAAAUGUCGCCUAUGCAAUCACACAUUUUCUACACAAAUUAGCCUAUUAAAACAUAUAAAUAGUUUGCAUACUACUCAAUAUUUGAGACAGGCAAAUUCACCAGAUGUUCCUAUAACUUCAUCAUCAUCAGUCAAUGUAACAGAAAGUAAUGAACUAGUGAUUCAUGACAACAAAAAUGGUAAAGUAUAUCAAAAUAUGUGUGGCAUGAAUAAAUCACGAAAUGUUUUGCUAAAUACUGGUGGUAACUCAUCAACAGUGUUUAGUGUUAUUUCUUCGAUCUCUAGCAGUAGAAACAAAGAUGGUAAUAGUGAUUAUUCAAGUAAAAUGAAUUCUACAAUGACCUCAACAACAACAGUGACAUCUGUACCGAAUCAUCAUUAUGGUCAUCCAUAUUUCUGCCAUUUGUGUAAUAAAGUCUAUUAUUCAAUGUCUGCAUUGAAAAUGCAUGUACGUACGCAUACAUUACCGUGUAAAUGUAAUUUAUGCGGCAAAGCAUUUUCACGGAUGUGGCUAUUAAACGGACAUUUAAGAACUCAUACAGGUGAAAAACCAUUUGCUUGCAUGAUAUGCACCAGAGCAUUUGCUGAUAGAUCUAAUUUAA